CGGAGCAAAACAAACGUUAGCCGUUAGCAUAGCUGUGUAUGCUAACACUCUAUCCGCUGUGUUAACAAGCUGUUUAUUACUCAGCGUGUUUCUAUUAUUACUUUAGCUUUAUCCAGCCGAAAUGAGCAUCGGUUUACGACAGUAGCCCAGCCUCGGCAUGGUGUCCAUACGCGUGUGUGUGUGUGUGUGUGUGUGAGAGCCAUGUGUGUUCCUACUGUUUUUAACUAAAAUCUUCAUAAUAACAAUAAAAACACACUGAGAAAUGACAACAGAGACGUGCGUGAAGGACAUUAAACCUGGUCUGAAGAAUUUAAAUGUCAUUUUCAUCGUCCUGGAGACAGGAAGGGUCACCAAAACCAAAGAUGGGCAUGAGGUGCGCACCUGUAAGGUCGCUGAUAAGACGGGCAGCAUUAGCAUAUCGGUGUGGGAUGAAGUCGGAGCCCUGAUUCAGACUGGAGACAUUCUCCGCCUGACCAAAGGCUAUGCAUCGAUAUUUAAAGGCUGUCUCACUCUGUACACAGGAAGAGGAGGAGAGCUGCAGAAAAUCGGAGAGUUUUGCAUGGUGUACUCUGAAGUGCCAAACUUCAGUGAGCCAAAUCCGGAGUAUUUGGCCCUGAUGAACAAAACAGGACCUAAUGAACAAGGAAGCAACACAAAUAGCAACAACGGCUCCUCGAGUACAGCCAGCAGCGACGCGACUAAUGGUAAUGGAGUGAGCUGUCAGAGCUCAGGAAGCACGCCACCCAGUGGCCGAGGGAACGCCAGCAGAAGCUCUGCCUCUGGAAGCGCAGUGAGUAACGGGAAAGAGACACGACGCUCCGCUAAAAGAUGAUCCGAGCUGCGAGUGUUCCAUUCUCUUUAGUCAAGAACCAAAUGAUUUACAAGUCGUUUUUUUCUGAACGACUGUGUCCGGGAUGUGAACAGCGUCUCCUAAAGGCUCUUUUUUAUUAAUGUCUUAUUUUUGUUUGGUCCUGCACCACAAGACAGCCGAGUGGACCCAGUUACCAUAACAGUUCUGAGCCUCAAUAUUAAAUAGAAAUUAUACUGUUAUAUAUUUAAUUAAUAUAAAAUUUUACGACUGAUACUCUACAUAAAUCUUUGUGUUGCCUCCGAGUGGCCCAGUGUUAAAGUCCCCGGGUGAUGCUGUUACCCCUCACAGCCGGAGGUCUAGAGAGAGCUGAUUGGCCGAGCUCUCUCUGGGCGGAGGGAUGAGAGGUACUUGCGCUCCCACAUUAAUCACGGCUCUACAGCCAAUCAGGGGCGUCUGUGAGCUCGCGCACGCGGAAGGAGCGGAUAGCGCUUUUCCUCCGAGUGUGUUACUCCUGUGUUACUCCGCCCCUAAGCAGUUCGAAAAGAUGCGGUCGGCUGGCGUCACGCGGUUCGGAGGAAACACGUGAUAGACGUAGUAGUAGUAGCCUUAAUGUGGAAGCCCCCUAGUGACAGGGAGGAAUUGGCCACGACUAAAAUUAGGGAGAAAAUCGGGAAACCCCCCACCUCUCUCGAUUGCUCUUUCACACACACACACUUCAUUUUUUUAUUAAUAGACCAUCCCAUUUUUUUCUGCAAAUCAGUAGUUUGUCGUCGGUUUAUUUCACCAAUUUUUUGAGAAUUAAUAUUUUUAACCCAAUUUGAGGGGUUUUAGUUUCUUUUGCCUCUAAUAUAACCAACAUUUUAUUAAUGUAAUGAUUCUUUUUAACUUUUUUUGUUGUUGAGGGAAUUAUUUUUUAUUUCUCCUUCAUUUUUACACUGUCAUCCACUAAAAUACAAAGGUCAGAAUCAAAAAGUUUGUUUAAUAAUAAAAUGUUCGGUUUUCCUUUAUGUGAUAACUUUUUUCUUCACAAAUAAUUUUUCUAAAGCUUUUUUUUUGGCAUUUUAAAUAACAACAUGUCAGAUUUUUUAUAAUGUUUAUUUAAACAAAUAAACCUUUAAAUCUUCAUUUCAUUUAUUUUAAACAUAAAUAAAGUCAAAUGUUAACAAAAAUUAAAUUGACGAUUUUUGUUUUGAGUUUACUAACAUAAUAGCAGAAUUAGAGAUAUUUUAUUAAUAAAACAUUUGAUUUAAUGUAAUGCAUCAUUUUAGGCUUUCUUGUUUAAGACUUAAUGUUUUUAAAUGUGUUUGAGCGUUAAAGCAUGUAAUCUUUUUUAAUUCUGAUAAAUACAUAUUAAUUAAUAUAAUGUGUAGAUGUUAUAAUGUAAGUUCAGUAUCUUUUAAUGUCAUGACUCAGCAGUGUGUUAGCGAAAAAGCUUUUUCUAAAAACUUCAAGCGAUGAAAUAAAAAACGUUUACACAGAUAAUGUACUUUACUUACACAUUGUUCCUGCAGGUUCUCUACUGUGUGGAACGCCAAUAUAAUUGGUUUAAGAGAACUUUUUUCUGUUUGUUCACGGCCUCUUCAUAUAAUAUACGACAUGUUUUGUAAUGAAAUGUUUGUUUAUGGAAUCUAAAUAACACUGUUAUCAAGAAAAACUAAUGUUUAACUGUUCGAAUUAAUUGUUAGCCUGUUUUAUAAAAUGUAUUAUUAAUAUUUAAAUCAAUUAUUACCUACUGUUAUUACUUUUUUUUGAGGUUGCCUGAUUGUAUCAGCUCACACUAAAUUCGAACUUGUAACAGAAAUAAAUGCAAUAAUCACAGUUCCUGUGUCAUAACUAUAAACAAAAAAUAACUCUAACUAUGACUUUAACUAUAAUAUAAAUUAUAAUAUAUUUAUACAGUAUAGAUAAAGCAGCAAGUGUGUGAGUGGCUUCAAUCUGGCAAUGCAUUAAAACUGUUUUUGUGUUGCUGUUUUCUCAUUGUGUUCACAUUCACAUUUAAAAAAUGUCCUGAAAGCUGUAUAAAAUGUUCAUGCGGAAUAAAAUAAGAAGGAAAUAUAUUUUAUA